AUGGAAAGUUAUUGUUCAUUGGAUGAAGACAAGAUGAUGAUGUAUUCAAAGAAGCCGGAUAAUAGUAAUGAUAACGAUAAUAGUACUGGAACACAAACAUCAUCAAAUUGUGGAUGUAUUGAAAAUAAUAACAAUGAUGAAGAAGUAGAACAACAACAUGCUGACCAGCAACAACAACAACAGAAAAUAGAUAAUGAUGAAUUGUUAAUGGAAAUGAUUCUAAAUAACAUACUGCCUAUUAAUGAUAGCAGUGAUGAUAGUAUUACAGCAAUAUCAUCAUCCUCAGCAAAAUUAUUAUCUAAUAAUUAUUAUAAUACAGAAAGUAACAAUAAUUUAUCUACCGAAGAAGAACCAUCAUCAUCAACAAUGGAAGAAGAGCAAGCUACACUAUUGGCUGAUGAAGAAUCUGCCAAUUAUAACAUUAUCUCUGAUUCUUGCUCUACUACAUCAUCUAACAACUCUAAUAACACAACAUGCUCAACAAGCACUAAUUAUAAUCAUCACAAACAACAACAUGAUGAUAAGGACGACAACAUGCAAUGUAAAUACAAUGAGAGACAAAGAAGAGCCCUUGCUCUACUGAUGGCCAUCAGAGACAAAUAUGAGAAAAACCUUGAAAAGAGUAGUAAGAUAACAACAACAAGUGGAGGAUCUUUAUAUUCAUCUAAAAGGAUGAGUUCAACGAGAAUAACAACUAACACGAGCACAACAGCAGCAUGUUCUUCAUUCAAAACAAUGCUCAAACUUGCACUCGUGUUGAUAGUUGGAGUGUGGUGCGUCUUAUCAUUCAUGAGUGACGUUAUAAUACUUGAUGAUUAUGCAGCAAGUGGUUUUCAUCAUCGUUAUGAAUAUUUGGAAGAUGAUUUCUAUGAAUUCAAUCAUAAUAAUAUAAUGUUUGUGAUGGCGGAACCACCUGGCAUUUCGCCCCAAGCCCUAAAGGAAAUACUAAGCAGAGAAUCGGAAAUUAUGAGGCAAGAACCGAUAUACAAUGAUUUUAGCUUCAGUUCCUUAUUUUCAAUGAAUGGUUUACAUAGUUUAGCAAGCAAGGCAACUGACUUUUUGCAGAGGGGUGGUUUUGAAUCGAGUGCUGAUGUGGCAACUCAAUGCCUGAUUAAUAGUCCGAGAAAAUGUGACAACUCUAGGAAAUUACAAUUGAUUCAAUUCAACUGGCUUGGACCAACUGUAAAUGCUAAUGUUGCCAAGAUUGUCCUAGAGGAAAUGUUGGGAAUAUGUGCAGAAAUUGUAACAAUGAAUGUAACUCAUGCUCUUGAAGAGAUGGCAGAAUAUGGAACGAGAAGAUCAUAUGCCAUGCUUGAAUUUUGGAGUGAAUCUAGAAAAUUUCAAUACGACAAGUAUGUUGUCAAUGAUAAGACUAUAAUGGAUGUUGGUGAGUUAGGUAUCAAUGCAAAGUUGGGUUGGUACAUUUUAGGUUUCAUGAAGGAUGAGUAUGACCUUAUCGACGAAUACAGAGAGUAUAGAACUGAGAAGGCAGCUCACUACCUUGCAACUAACGAUACCUAUCCACUUGGUAGGUUUAUAGGAGGAGCAAAGAGCUGGAUCACUUUUGAUCAACAAAUUAUAACAAAUCUCAAGCUCAAUCUCCAGAUACAAUAUACACAGGAAGAAAAUGCAGAGGAUUUUCUGAUUUCAAAAAUUCAAGAAGCAAACGAUAGAAAAGAACCAGUAUUGUUCUAUCUUUGGUAUCCUCAUCAAAUUUUCAAAAAGCUGUCUAUUAAGAAUGUUUACCUUCCUCCUAGUUCAGAAAGUUGUUGGACCUCUUACAAUCAAGAGAAUCAACUCAUUGAUUGUGACUAUCCAACAGAGUUAUUGAGAAAAUUGGUCUCCCCAAAACUCACAGAGGAUAUGGUUCUCAACUCCUUCUUUUCCAAAUUUGCCUAUGAAAGUACAGAUCAAAUAGAUAUUUUGGCAGAUAUUGUGUUUCAGGAAAUGUCAGUAGUUGAUGCAUCUUGUAAGUGGCUGAGAAAUAACACAAAAAGAGUAGCUUAUUGGGUAUCUGAUCAUAAUGAUACCUCCAGUAGUGUGAUUGGUAUAGUGAUUGCAUCUCUGUUUGUCAUUUCGCUCUUCUUCUGUACUAUAUUUAUUACUGGUUUGGUGCUUUACUUUAUGUAUAGAAAGAAUUUGAGAAAGAGAUCUCUUAAAUAUGCCCCAAGAACAACACCAUUCACUCUAGUUUUUACAGAUAUUCAAAACUCUACACUUUUGUGGGCUACUGCCUCUGAAACGAUGAAAUCAGUACUGUCUAUUCACAACAUUAUUAUGAGGUCAAACAUUCAAAAGUACAAGGGUUAUGAGGCCAAGACAGCAGGUGAUAGUUUCACUGUGGCAUUUGUUGAUCCGUUGUGUGCACUGGCUUUUUGCAUUAGUGUUCAGAAGGAUUUAUUGCUGGCCAAUUGGCCUUCUGAUUCUCUUCUACUUCCUGAUAUGAAGGAAGUUAGGUGGAAUGAAAGCUUGAUUUACAGAGGUCCUAGAAUUAGAAUGGGAAUACAUGCGGGAUCUGAUUGCAAUAUUCAAAUUGACAAAAAGACGCAACGUAUGGAAUAUGUGGGCAAUAUGGUUCAUAUUGCUAACAAGAUUGAGGCAUCAUCAGUUGGUGGCAGAAUUUAUGUUUCAGGUGCUUUUGUCCAAGCUAUCAAGAGUAGAUUAAUGUUGUUUGAUUCUGCUUCCAACUCUAGUAAUCCAAAGACUUCCAAAGAAGAUGUAACUACAUCUGCCAACACUCAAUAUUAUGAUGAUUCCUCUGAUAAAGGAAUAAGCAAAUACGUGCAGGAAUUGAAUAAUAACUUGAUUGAAUUUGAAGAUCUAGGACCUAAGCAAGAAAUUGAAAUUGGAGGAACAAAGAUACCCUUAUUUAUGGUAAAAGAUUUUAGCUUUGCAAGAACAUCUUGGAUUCAGCAAUUCGAAAGAGUUCUAGAAGAGUCACCAGUAGAAGAACAAAAAGUAAUUGGCCAAAAAUUGGACCUGAUUGAAGAGGUGGAAAAGUUUAUUACAGAUCCGGGCUCAUUCCCAGCUGAAAGAAAGUCAAAAUUAAUAUAUGACUUUAUCAACCACACCUCCGAUGCUGAGCUCAAUCUUCCAUCAUGGAAUAGCAAGUAUUUUAUUGAUUUAUUCGACAAUGUCUUCCGUUACAUUACUACCCAACAUGUAAACAUUAAGGAAGAAUAAUUGACUAGUUUUCGGUAGUGAUUCAACCUCAUUAGUGAAAAUCUUGCCAUAGGAUGAAAAACUUUACAAAAUCUCCAACCCAAAAAUCUCACCAAUUAAAAAUUUCUGUUGACAUUACAAUGGAAAUCCAUUUUAUUCCUUUAGCACCACCAAUAAAUCAAAACAAGUACCGAAU